GAAAAGAAAUAAACAAUAGAGAGAGACUUGAAGCAUGGUUGAUAAUUGAAAAUUGGUAUCAUAAAAUGGAAGAAAUGAAGAUGGAUUAAAUCAUUAAAAAAUUAGUAGAAUCAAAUAAAAAUGGGUUAAAAACCAUCUGAUUGAAGAGAUGGAUUUAAGUUUGUAUAAAUAUUUAGUUUUGUUGUUAUAUAAUUUAUAGAAGAGAUUAUUAUGUUUAUUAUUUUUCUUAAUUUUAUAUCUACUAAACCGAAAAUCGGUUGUCUGGAUCACGGAGCAGGAUCUUACAACCUUACCUUGAAGUAUAGUCCAGAAGGAAGGAUCCUUUGUGAGUCUCGCUCACAAAAGUAGUUUGGUAAUACCUCCCCCAAUUCCAAGAUUCUAUCCCAUAUUCCCCCCUUCUCCAAAACCCGUACCCAGAGAUCUGCAACCAUGAGGGGCCUUAUUUCAAGCACCAAACGCCUCAUUUCUUCCGCUACCAUGGCCUCCUUAUCGCCUUCCGUCCACCGGAAAUACAGCCUAAUACCUAUGGUGAUCGAGCACUCUUCGCGUGGCGAGAGAGCUUACGACAUAUUCUCUCGUCUCCUCAAGGAAAGGAUCGUCUGCAUAAAUGGAUCCAUCAACGACGACACUGCCCAUGUCGUCGUUGCCCAGCUCCUCUUCCUCGAAUCCGAAAACCCUUCCAAGCCCAUCCAUAUGUACCUUAACUCUCCCGGCGGCCAAGUCACUGCAGGCCUUGCAAUUUAUGAUACCAUGCAAUACAUAAAGUCUCCAAUCAACACAAUCUGUUUGGGGCAAGCUGCAUCUAUGGCUUCUCUCCUUUUAGCUGCGGGUGCCAAGGGUGAAAGGCGGUCCCUCCCCCAUGCCACCAUCAUGAUUCAUCAGCCUUCUGGUGGAUACAGUGGGCAGGCUAAAGACUUGACCAUUCACACUAAGCAGAUCGUUCGUGUUUGGGAUGCAUUGAACGCUUUGUAUUCCAAGCACACGGGGCAAUCGGUCGAUGUGAUUCAGAAGAACAUGGAUAGGGAUUAUUUCAUGACCCCCGAAGAAGCUAAAGAGUUUGGGUUAAUUGAUGAAGUUAUUGAUCGAAGGCCAAUGGCUCUGGUCACUGAUGCUGUUGCUAAUGAAACCAAAGAUAACCAAGACGACAAAGACACCAAAGACAAAGGUUCCAAUUAGGAUCGGAGCUGGUAAGCUCUUUCAUGUGAUUUCAUUGUCUUAACUGUUCUUUGCCUAGCAGUUUUUCGGCUGUUGAUUGAUGUUAUGCUUCUGGAAUUGGUUUCAGAGAAUUUAGGGAGGUAAUCGGUUACUAUUUCAAUCGGUACUUUUACAAGAUCAGAUGAGAUGCAUAUAUAAAGUUUUGCUUGCGAAGGUUUUUGUUUGAGAAUCAUGUGCACUUAAGUGGAAAUGUAUAUUCAUUAGAUGGAUGGGCUUGAUUUGCUUUUUGCCAUGAAAAGGGGUUAUCUUGGGUGAAAAAAUAAGAAUUCCUUCCACAGGAUUAAAACAUUCGUUGGUCUCGAUUCUGAAAAUAUAUUCAAUCAUAAAUGCUAACAAGAUUCUCGUUGUUGUAUUGUUGUUUUGAUUUUCUUUGUUCCUAUUUAGGCUCUAUACAAAAGAAAUAUGAAGCUUCAUGUUGAUUCUUUUUCCUCAGGUUUCAUAUAGUUUUAUAGCUAAAGCUUAAAUGUCUGUUCUUGUGCUGUCUAUUUCUAUCUGGACCUUUGGCUUGGAAAUUCUUCAGACCCAAGUUGUAAACCAUUAUCUGCUAAUUUUGGGACAUUCAUUGAAUUUCAAAA